GCGAAAAUCGACAAAUUUCCAAAAAUUAAAGGGGGAGGAGAGAUAACGAGCAAAAGGUCAAUGGUGUACCUAACGGACGGUGCAGAUAUCUGAGUCUCCCUCCUCGAUCUCUCAAUCCCAGUCGUCUCCUCCCUCCUCUCUUCUCCAGCGUCCGAUCUCCCUCCUGCCCUCCCCAGCGCGAAGCAACCGAAAUCAGAAGAUCUCAAUUUAUACAACUCCCUUUCCGCCUCGUGCGCUGCGCUCUUGUUUUGCGAGGGUACCGCCUAUGGCGGCGGAGGUGCCGGCAAGCCCAUGUGGCGGGAGCCACGAAAGCGGGGAUCAUAGCCCGAAAUCCAAUGUCCGUGAGCAGGACAGGUUCCUUCCCAUCGCCAACAUCAGUCGCAUCAUGAAGAAGGCGCUUCCUCCUAAUGGCAAGAUUGCUAAGGACGCGAAGGAGACCGUGCAGGAAUGCAUCUCCGAGUUCAUCAGUUUCAUCACCAGCGAGGCUAGCGAUAAGUGCCAGAGGGAGAAGAGGAAGACAAUUAAUGGGGAUGAUCUACUGUGGGCAAUGGCGACGCUAGGGUUUGAGGAUUACAUCGAGCCGCUUAAGCUGUAUCUGCAGAAGUACAGGGAGAUAGAGGGAGAUGGCAAGGGGUCUGCCAAGGGAGCAGAUAACUCUAUUAAGAGAGAUGCUGGUAGUCUUCAAGGUGGAAACCUACCAGGUACAAGCAUGCAAGGAGACGUGAAGAUGCUUCAACAAGGCUCUUUUACGCAAGGCAUGAGCUACAUGAAUACUCAGUUUCAUAACGGCGACCUCUCUAGCUAAGUGGACCUUCGAAAUCUUUUAUUAGGUGCAGCUGAUUCAGGAUGAAAGUAGGACCGAAGCUUGGAACUAUGUUUAAGAACUCAUCCAGGUGGAACUGUACCGUUAUUAGUUCAUUGAAUGGUUUGCUUAUUUUUUAUGUAAUUUCUGGACGGAUUUGUAUGAACGUCUGCAUCUGCGAUCCUUGCUAUAUCUGCGUAUGCAGCAGGAAAUUUGGGUCCAAGUUGUUUUUUUUUGGUCUUUGUUUUUGGAGUGAGACUUUGAUGAGGCCAUUGUGUCAAGAACAAAAUGGCCAUGUAUUUUCAUCUCAGAUUAUUAACUAACUUGCCAACCUGUGCCUACUUCUUUAAGGUUGCGGCAAGCUACCAAGUUUUGUUUUCUUUUCUGCGUUAAUGAGGGAAACAUGGUGGUAUAUUUGUCACAGGGAAAUUUACUUGCACGCCACAUAAACACCUAAA